GUCGUGAAUGAUGUCACGAAAAUUAAUAGUAAUAUCGAGGAAGCCCAGAGGAGCUCAGAGGAUAGCACUCAGAGUGACCGACAAAGUCAACAGGGUUGCCAAGUCUGAAGUCUGAGAUUCGAAGAAACCAGCUGCGGUGAUAGAACCUCAGAUUAGGAGAGCAGUUUCAUGCGGAGCAGAUCAUAGUUCCUCGACACACCUACAUGCUGGGCAAUCUACUAAAAUAUAAUAUAUACACAAUCAGACCGGAAGUUGACAAGUAAUGGAGGGGUUAUUGACGAUACUACACCAAAGGAAGGAAAAACUACGUACUUUAAUUGAGAAUGCGUCCACUCUCAUGGUAACAUUUGAGCAUACUACUACUGAGAAUCUAGCAGCGGUAAUCCAAGAAGCGGAGAUUAUUGCGUCAAGAUUACAAACGUUACUUACAAGACUAACAGCUGAGUUGAUAGAAUACUUCAGACUGAGUACCGAACAAGCAACCGAUGAUAUCUCAGAAAUUUCCACCGUACAAUUAGAGGCAGAAGAUGUGUUGUGCGAGCUUAACGUGAGGAUUAAAGGAAAGAUUAAGGAAAAGGAACAAACUACAAACAUAAAUAAAGAAGCUAAUCCUAACGCAAGAUUACCCAAAUUAUCAUUACCUGAAUUUGAUGGUGAUAUCCUCAACUGGGCUACUUUUUGGGAUCAAUUUAGCUCAAAUAUAGAUCAAAGAAACAUACCAGAGGUAGAUAAACUACUAUAUCUGAAAGCGUCCCUAAAGAAUGAAGCGAGUAAGUUGGUAGAGGGUUUAGAAACGACUCACAGAAAUUAUAAUAUAGCUUUAGCAACUCUGAAAAACAGGUAUGGGAAGGAGAAUCAUGUUAUUGAUGCACACUACGCUGCGUUGUACCGUAUAAAGGCUUCGAACGAUGUGAAUAUUACUAGAAUACGGGAAACAUUCAACAAUAUAGAAAGGCAUCUAAGAGUGCUCCAUUCACUAGGCGAAGACAUAGAUCACAAUCAUUUACGGUUCCUGUUAAUGGAAAAAUUUCCUAAAGAGAUAAUCUAUGAAAUGAAGAUGAAACUAGCCAACGACUCCAUCAGUGAAAUAAGAAAUUGUUUAGAGAAAAUAAUUUCGGCCAAAGAAGAUGCUCUCAGGAUAUCCAACAACACUUCAGAAGAAAGCUACACCACCCAAACGCUAGUAGCAAAUCAGUUUCAAAGCAGAGAGAGAACUUACAAUUACAGAGAUAGGAAUGAGGUUAGAGAUAAUCAAGGCGAUAGUAAUAGACGGGUAUACGAAAUGAAUAGGAACAACUAUAAUAAUAAUAGAAUGAGAUAUAAACGGAAACUCGAAUCCUCUGAGAAGGAGAGAAAUGGAAAGAAACCACGGUCACCCUGUGUCUUCUGCAAAGGAGCUCAUUUUAAUGAUCAAUGUACGGCUUAUCCGACUGCAGAGGAUCGACAGAGGAGAUUAAAAGGUAGAUGUUAUUUAUGUCUCAUGGAAGGACAUACCAGACAGGAGUGUAAAAAGAAAGGAUAUUGUGUGCACUGUCGGACCGAGGAUCUUCAUAAUCGUGCUCUCUGUCAUAAGGAAUUUCCCUCGAGAAUGAAGAGGUUGAAUGAGUCAUCACAAAACAACGCGGAUAACACAAAUGUUAUGUCACAGAUAAACUCGACCGGCACAGUUUUUCUCCAAACAGCCAUAGUCUUUCUCAAGACGGGAGGAACCAGCAGUAGAGACAUAAAGUGCCGUGUACUCUUAGAUUCAGGGAGUCAACGAUCAUAUGUGAGAAAAUCUGUUAUAGAUAAACUAAAAUUACCAAUUGAAGAGACCAAUAGACUUUCGGUUUUCCCCUUUGGACAGAAAACACCACAAGAAAUAAACAGUCCUUUAGUAAGAUUAGAACUUCAAACGAGAACUAAUAAAAUGUUAACUAUUUAUACAAAUGUCAUACCAUAUAUAACACAAAAUAUUCCUUGUCCUAACAUAGAAUUAGGUCAAAGAAGAGAUCAGUUUAUUCUAGCAGACGAUAGGUCAUUAUCGACACGUGUAGAUAUUUUAAUAGGAAACAACUAUUAUUUUAAUAUUAUUAACAAAGACAAAGAAGAAAUAAAACCAAAUUUAUUUUUGGUAGAUUCCCACCUAGGAUGGAUAGUAUCAGGAGAAGAGGACUCCAGUCCACGAGACGAGCUAUCGGCAGUUACUUAUCUUCAGGCCUGUGUCGAUACUAGACUACACCGACCAGAUCCACCUUUGGACAAAGGAGAUAUGAACGCGUUGUGGGAUUUAGAAUCCCUUGGGAUUACUGAUUCACCUAGAACUAGCAGCGAAGAAGAAGCAAUUAAGAAUUUCAAUGAGAAUAUGGAAGUUAUAGAUAAAAGAUAUACAGUUUCGUGGCCAUGGAUAGAGUAUCCACCGUUAUUACCCAAGAAUUACGGAUUAGCAGUAGGGCGUCUAACCUCAUUAUUAAAACGUUUAGAUUUAGAGAGCUUAAGAGAAUAUGACAAUAUUUUGAAAGAACAGACCAAUAAAGGUAUAAUAGAAAUAUUAUCACACCCGACUCGUAAAGAAUGUCAUCCAAUACAUUAUUUACCACAUCAUUGUAUUCAACAGAAAGGGAAACCUAUAAGGAUUGUCUAUGAUGCAUCAGCAAAGAUAAAAGAUAACAAAAGUUUGAAUGAGUGUUUAUAUAGAGGACCCCUUAUGUUAGAAGACUUAACCGGGUUAUUGAUACGGUUUAGGGUACACACAGUUGCUUUGUCAGCAGACGUAGAGAAGGCUUUUUUACAAGUUGCAUUGCACAAAAAGGACAGAGAUGUGACUAGAUUCCUCUGGCUUAAGGACUUGACGAAACCUGUCACAGAAGAUAAUAUCAUUUGUAUGAGAUUUUGCAGAGUACCAUUUGGCAUAAUAAGUAGCCCAUUUUUGCUAAACGCGACGAUAAGAUAUCAUUUAUCUAGAAGCACAGAUACAGAAAUUCAAGAUAUGGCUAAAAAUAUAUAUGUUGAUAACCUAGUCACUGGAACGUCAUCAACGUCGAAAGCUUUAAAUUUGUACAAGAAUUUAAAAGUAACAUUUGAACAAAUGUCCAUGAAUCUGAGAGACUGGAGCUCGAAUUCUAAAGAAUUUAUGUCAAGUAUUCACGAUAAAUUUACAGGGAAACAAAUCAAGAUAUUAGGUUUAAAUUGGGAUUUAGAAAGAGACUCACUGCAAUUGAAGUUUGACGUUAACACUUCAGCUGACAACAAAAGAGAAGUACUUAAAGUGAUCGCUUCUAUUUACGACCCCUGCGGUUACGCUGCGCCAUACAGUUUAUCUGCUAAACUAUUUUUUCAAGAACUUUGGAAAACUAAAACUAAAUGGGACACUAAGUUUACAAGUCAGAUGGCAGAAGAAUGGUUAAGAGUUCAGAAGCAACUAGAGGUAAUAAGCAAGAUUUCAAUUCCCAGAUGCUACAUAGCAAGCCCUAAAGACCACAAUUAUCAAUUGCACUGUUUUACAGACGCUUCACUUAAAGCCUAUGCUGCAGUAGUAUAUAUAGUAAACGGGAAAGAGAAAAAUUAUGUAAUGGGUAAAUCCCGACUGGUACCUAUAAAGGAUCAAGAUCAUCUGAAGAUACCGCGGCUAGAGCUAUUAGGAGUACUGAUUGGAAGCCGACUUGUUAAAUUCAUUCUUAAGAAUCUUCCUAUAAAAAUAACACAACAGUUCCUUUGGACUGAUAGUCAAAUUGUCAUAGAAUGGUAUAAAUCAUCUAAACUUUUAACACCGUUUGUGUCAAGAAGAAUUCAAGAAAUCAAAAGUAACAAGGAAUUAAUUAUAAAACAUGUACCAUCAGAAUUAAAUCCAGCAGAUAUAGCAACAAAACCAUCGGACAUAUUAGAGAACAAAAGGAGAUGGUUAGAAGGCCCAGAAUUUUUAACACAAGUACCACAAGUAUGGCCGCAGUUAGCACCUACGGUCACUUCUCUUUCGCUCGGGGAGGAUCUUCCGAAUGAGACAAUGGAAGAAGAUAUUGGAACAACAGAAGCGGGUUCUAUGAGAUGUAAUGAGGAGACAGAAAUAAAUGAUACAGAUGAGAAGGAACAAAGUAAAUUAGAGGAAAUAAGAAAGAUACAAAAUUUACAUUUUAAAAAUGAGAUUCAAGGGAAAGAAACUAAUUUAAGCCGGAACUUGGGUUUAUUUCUUGAUAUUGAUGGAAUACUAAGAUGCAGAGGAAGAAUGAAGAAUACCAAUUGGUCUUUUGACAAAAGAUAUCCUAUUCUACUACCACAAGAUUCGGAUUUAACAAAUACAUUAAUUACAAAGACUCAUAAUGAGAAUUACCAUGUAGGUGCUAAUCACACAUUGAGUAUAAUUAGAGAGUCAUACUGGAUUCCACAGGGUAAACGUCAGGUUCAGAAAAUAUUAAGGAAAUGCCCUAUAUGUAUUAAACACGGUGGAGGACCUUAUAAGUUACCACCAACACCAGCUUUACCAUCAGACCUUACAGCAGAAGAAGGCCUUAGAGCUUUAAGAAGAGUGAUAGCUUCCAGAGGUUUACCAAAGGUUAUUACAUCUGACAAUGCCGUACAAUUUAAACUAAUUUCAGAAAUUUUAACACAACCAUAUUGUAUAGAGAACAAAAUACAAUGGAGAUUUAUACCAGCUCUCACACCAUGGUUCGGCGGAUUUUAUGAACGUUUGGUGGGAAUUGUGAAACAUUGCUUGAAGCGUUCAUUACAAAAACAUCUUCUGAAGGAUAACGAAUUUAACACCAUAGUAAGGGAGAUUGAAGCUGUAGUAAAUACACGGCCCCUCACCUGCGUAGAUAGUGAAAUAGAACACAUAUUGAAACCGUCAGAUUUCCUAACAUCAGGUAACUGUAUAUCAAUAGAAGCUACAGAGACAGAUUCUUCAAUACCAGGUACCUCAAGGAAACAGGAUCUUAUACAAUGUUGGAAAAGAGCACUUAAGAUUCGAGAAGAAUUUAAAGAAAUGUUUUCAAAUCGUUAUCUUUUAAGCCUACGAGAAAGAUACCAACAUUCUCAUAAGGAACCAAGGAUUACCUCGAAGCUUGACCCUCGAGUAGGGCAAAUAGUUCAAAUAAAAGGGGAUUCCAAGAACAGAGAAAGCUGGAAGGUGGGAAAGAUAAUAAACCUCAUCAAAGGGAAAGAUGAUCUUUCUAGAGUAGCUCAGGUUAAAGUAGGGGAAACCGUUUAUACCCGAUCUAUUUCUCACUUAUAUCCACUGGAGUUAGAUGAAGAACAAACAUAUAUUACAUUAGAAGAACCAACAUCUGAUAAUAAUAUUACGGUUUCUCCAGAAAAGAGUUUCCAAGUUUCAUUCGAAAGAGAUACCAUUGAAGAUGUAACAGAAACCAUCCAAGAAGUAGAAAGUAACUCAUCUGAAAGUAUUGAUAAGGUCAUCCUACAAAAUGAGGAAUUACCUACACAGGCUCAACAAAUAGAAGAGUCCGCUAUAGAAAGCAUACCUACUAACCAGUCUGCAAAUAUUAGACCUAAGCGAGAUGCUGCUGCUAGGGCCCUUCAAAGGAUCAGAGAGUGGACGCAAAAUUUAGUUACUUCGUUUUUGGCGGGGAGUGUCGUGAAUGAUGUCACGAAAAUUAAUAGUAAUAUCGAGGAAGCCCAGAGGAGCUCAGAGGAUAGCACUCAGAGUGACCGACAAAGUCAACAGGGUUGCCAAGUCUGAAGUCUGAGAUUCGAAGUACCGAGUUGCUGUGUUUGCCCGGAUUUAUUUCACUUUCCAGAAACCAGCUGCGGUGAUAGAACCUCAGAUUAGGAGAGCAGUUUCAUGCGGAGCAGAUCAUAGUUCCUCGACACACCUACAUGCUGGGCAAUCUACUAAAAUAUGUGAGUUCUCAAACUUGUAUAUCUAUCAAUUCUUUUUUAUUUAAUUGACGCUGGCCCUAUAGCUCUCAGGCUUAUACUAUAUGGGGUUAAACAAUCAGGGCAAAGC